AUGAACUUCAAGAAAAGCAGUUAUGUUACUUCUCAUAAAAGAAUCCACACGGGGGAAAAACCCUAUCAAUGCAUGGAGUGUGGGAAGAGCUUUAGGUCAAGUCAUCAACGUACUUCACAUAACUGGAUCCAUACCGGUCAGAAGCCAUAUAAAUGCAUGGAAUGUGGAAAGACCUUUGCUUGGAACAGUUCUCUUACUUUACAUAAAAGGAUCCACACAGGGGAGAAGCCAUAUACAUGCAUGGAGCGUGGGAAGACUUUUGCUCGGAACAGUCAACUAACUUUGCAUAAGAUGAACCACACAGGGGAGAAACCAUAUAAAUGCAUGGAAUGUGGAAAAGGCUUUAAGUCAAACGGUGAUCUUAAUUUCCAUAAAAAGAUCCACUCAGGGGAGACACCAUAUAAAUGCACAGACUGUGGAAAGGGUUUCUGGACAAAGCCAUAUAAAUGCUUGGAGUGUGAAAAUACUUUUUCUCGGAGAAAUACUCUUACUUUCCAUAAGAGGAUCCAUUCAGGGGAGAAACCUUAUAAAUGCAUGGAGUGUGGAAAGAGCUUUGCUCAGAGGAAUCAACUUACUUGCCAUAACAGGAUUCACACAGGAGAGAAACCAUAUAAAUGCAUAGACUGUGGAAAGAACUUUGCUCAGAGAAGCACUCUUACUUUCCAUAGGGGAAAACCCUAUAAAUGCAUGGAAUGUAGUAGGUCCUUUACAUCAGUCGGACUUACUGGCCAUAUCAGAAUCCACACAAGGGAGAAGCCAUAUAAGUGCAUGGAGUGUGGAAAGAGCUUUGCUCGGAGUGCGUCCCUGUCACAUUGCGCAGAAUCCUCCAGGGGGCGCCCUCUGCCAAGAGAAGAGAACCCCCAGGCGCUUCCCCAUUGGUCGACUGGAGGGCGAACGUCACAGCUGGCUUUCCAGAGGAGGCGUGGCAUCACAAACUCUUGCCGCUCUAGGACUCCGCACUCGCCCGUCUUAACCCUUGUGGCUCCGCAGGAGGCGGAGAGGCUGCGGGGAAAGUCUGGCGGGAGUGGGGGGGAAGCAGAGCUCCAGAGGAGCAGGAAAAGAACCGGGGAUGCCAGUAAGGCGGCGGGGAUCCGGGGGUCCUUUCCCGGCUCGUGUCCGGUGAAGAGCCCGAGUGGGGGUGAGGAGGGCCGGUCUUGCGGAGGCCCACCAGGAGAGAAGCCGGGAGAGGCAUGA